AUGGCGUCAUCCCUUCCAGAGAAGUUGGGUUGGUCUGCACCCACAUUCGUGGAGGACCAGACAGCGUGUUCCACUGAAAUGCCUGCUGGGAACAAGGUCAACCUCGGGGAAACAAGUCUGCUUGGUCAUGAGGGCCACGCCUCUAGUUCUGCAGUUCUUGAAGCAAUAGAAAAUGUUAUUCAAGAUGUAUUUCAAAGCUUGGCCCAAAAUAAAGCACCUGUUCUCACAGUGCCUAACAGAGCAGAUUGGAGGAAUAUAGAAUUUAAAGAUUCUGUAGGUCUACAGAUGAUACCACGUUGUCUUACAAAACAAAUAAGAAGUGACUGCCCUGCAUCAGCAACAAAAUUUGCUCUGAUCCUCAAAAUAUUGUCUAUGAUCUAUAAGAUGGUGCAGAGCAAUACUUAUGCAACUAAAAGGGAUAUAUAUUAUUCAGACACACAACUGUUUGGUAGUCAAAGUAUUGUGGACAAUAUAAUCAAUGACAUUUCUUGCAUGCUUAAGAUACCUCGGAGAAGUCUACAUAUACUCUCUUCAACUAAAGGUUUUGUUGCUGGUAAUUUAAGUUACACUGAGGAAGAUGGGACGAAAGUGCAUUGCACCUGCAGUGCAACAGCAGUCACUGUGCCAUCUAAUGUUCAAGGAAUUAAAAAUUUAAUCUCACAUGCCAAAUUUAUGUUAAUUGUAGAAAAAGAUGCAACUUUUCAGAGACUCCUGGAUGAUGAUUUCUGCAAUAGGUUGUCCCCAUGUAUAAUGAUUACGGGAAGAGGUGUGCCAGAUCUUAAUACACGACUUUUGGUCAGAAAGCUGUGGGAUACUUUUCAAAUUCCUAUUUUCACCCUUAUGGAUGCAGAUCCACAUGGUGUAGAAAUAAUGUGCAUCUACAAAUAUGGAUCUGUGUCAAUGUCUUUUGAGGCCCAUGAUCUCACCGUUCCAUCUAUAAAGUGGCUUGGUCUCCUUCCAUCUGAUCUUGAGAGAUUAAAUAUACCCAAAGAUGCCCUGAUUCCAUUUACAAAGCGAGAUCAAAAUAAGUUAGCAAGUAUACAGAAGAGACCUUACAUUGCUUGUCAGCCAACGUGGAAAAAAGAACUGGAAAUUAUGGCAGCAUCUAAACUGAAGGCUGAAAUUCAAGUUCUAACUUCUCUUUCACCAGAUUAUCUUUCCAGAGUCUAUUUACCAAACAAACUGCAGUUUGGUGGAUGGCUGUGA